AGGAUCAGAUGUUUAUUUCUCGAGAGUCAGAAUCCCGCGAUCCGCUUUUUUUUGCCCUACUUUUGUGCCUGUAGGUCGGUGUGUUGAUGACCCCGACGUAAAUAUACUACAUUCCUGGUAUGAUUCGACGACAGCUCUGUACAUACACGACAAUAUCUUCAACCAACGGACGAGUGUUGCGCUACCCCACUAAAUAGUACCGCUAGCAAUUCUUAAAAAGAAGCUUGUCGUGUGGAUCUUUUUUCUAGUGUCUUGUAUUCGACUCUUUCUACUCCGCUGUCAUCAUGGGCGAACAGGUUAGAUGUCUGCACUUGUUGUGCAAGCAUGAGGGAAGCCGGAAUCCGGUGUCGCGGCGGACGGGGCAAUCCACUGCCAAUGUGACAAAGGACCAGGCGCAUGCCGAACUGAAAAUCUGGGAAGACAAAUUCAAGGUACUCGGGUUUUUUUUUAUUUUGACGUUAGAAGCAGAAGAGGACGAUUUGUGGUGGGAGGCGGCACGCGUUUAUUUUUCAGAAUCGAAUGAAAAAAAUAGAAAAAAACUGUUUCUGUUGGUCAUGUGAUCUAAACCCUACCUCCACGCAAGACCGAAGCUUCUAUGAGAUCCCGAAGCGCCUGUUCUCCAAAUGCAAACGAUGAAGAAUUUGAGCAAAUCAGGCUCUCUUGAUCAAAACUUUAUCAAGGACCGGCGACCCUGAUAAAAACUUUACCAGGGACCUCCGUCCCUGAUAAAAUUGCACCCAUACAGAGUGGGAAGUAGGUCCCAGAAUGACUAGAGAUCUGGAGCCUCAGAGCCUGUGAUGAGUGGAAUGAUGUCUAUGGUGAACCUUGAUUGAUGAAUCUUCACAGGAUGCAACGCAGUCAGAGGCUUUCGCCCUGUCUGCUGAGAGAUUGAAGUGUUUGAACGUGUUGGAGACCUCUCGAAGGUAGAAGCUUUGGUCACUCAGUGUGGCAGGUGUGUUCAAAGUCCAGCACUGCGCUGCGACUUAGACGCCAAUCUGUGCUACUUUACACUAGUGGCAGUAGAUUCAUUAAGAAAACAAGAUGACUGCGGUAUCCGCAGAGAUCACUGCGAAGCUGCCGGAUGCGACUGGCUGGAUCGAAUGGGAUCGCUCUGUCCGUGAGGAGGUCGAGCGCCUCGGACUAGGCGUUUACUUCGGCAGCCAGCGUCGUCGUCCAUCUCGGUCAGCCCGGUCUCCCCGGAGGAGUCGGUCAGCAGGCUGAGACGGUUGCUCAGAAAUGGCGCAACCUGAAAGCCGCGAUGCUGAAGUCCUUGACUGGUUCUGGUAAGACCUGGCUGCACGCUCGCCCGAAUUACAUACAACGCUCUGAAUGCUGGAGAGUUGUGUUUGGAGCUGCGUGAUGAAGGUCAUUACAACCAGCAGAACAGGACCCAGCAGAAAAUCCGUGCUGCUUGUCUCGAGUCGAUGAAGUUCGAUGACCGCGACCAACCUCAGGGCCCGCCUUCCUUUCUCGCCAAGGCCAAGCGCGUCAUGGACCAGUCCCCUGCGGUGUUUCCGCCCGACCUAGCCCGUGCUCCUGAAGAUCGACAGGUCCGUCCGGAACAUCUUAGACUACCUGCCCAAGAUGUUUUCCAAGGGUUUCAAGGACACGAUCGCGCGCAUGGUCGAGGACGGUGCCCAGCUGACGACGCAGCAGAUGGGUGACAAGUUGGCGACCCGUCUGCAGGCCAUGAUCAAGGACGGUGAGUACAAGGUGGAGAGCUCCAGCUUCGGCAAGGCGUUUCCGACGGUUGACUACGACCAGGACACGACCGGGGGAGCCGCUUCCAAGAAACGCCCCCAGGCUAGUGGUAACGAUGAGGACGGUAAAGCUUUCAUGUCUCAGACUGCUCUCAAGCGGUUCAGGGCUAAACUGAAAAAGAAAGUUACCGCCGAAGUCCACGCAAGCCAGGGUGGUGAUCCUUCUACCCGCAAGAAGGGGAAGGGCAAGAAGGACAAGAAGUUCAAGGAUUACAAGAAGAACGCCCAGUGCUACAAAUGCUAUGACUAUGGUCACUACGCGUGCGUGGGAGUGUCCUACCGCUGCUGCGUCUACGGGUGGGAAACCCAAAGGCAAAGGCAAAGGAGGGGGCAACGCGUGCACCGGUUGCGGUGAACCUACGGUCUACCAGGACUGGGGCGGUGCCUGGGUCUGGCAUGAAGCUAGCGCUGGAUCGGGAUCCGGCAAGCCCGGAACGAGCUGAGGAGACGAUGACCAAGAUCCGGAACGGGGAAGAUGUUGUUUGAAUUUUGAGGAGGAUGAAGUGCAUUGCAAGAGUUUCGUAGAUUCGGCUAACUCUGCUGCUACUAUGUUGUCUGUUGUUGAUUAUUGUGCAGCCAGUUACCUAGGUGCAAAGCAGGCAAACCUAGUGGACAGCUGUGCAAAUAGAUACUUAUCAAAGCACGCUGAUGAUUUUAAGAACAUCACGGGCCGACGCUGUACCAUCAACGGAACAGCUGGCGCACGGGAUGGAUUUAUAGGAGAAUUGCAACCCAACCAAUUAAACCUGCGACAUGGUGUUUAUUUCAAAGAUCUGCCAAAGGAUAUUGAUAGGAUUUUGCCUUGGCUCGGUGAAGGCAACACGUCACAAGUAGGAUGGGGGCUUACCUUUCACAGCACCGGCGGAACCAUUGCUCACACUGGUGCCGGCCGCGUGUUGGACAUAAAGAAUCAUCCCAGAAUGUGCCUUCCCGUCCUUGGUUGCAACUUGUUCGACCUGCAGGAGGCAGAUGCUGCGGACGGUUUUGUCUGUACUUCUGUCGCCGAGGUAUCUACUAGUAGUUGUUACUUGACUAAGUUAGAGCUACGCAGACGUCUUGGACAUUUCCAUGUGGACGGGCUCGACGUCAGUUGUCCCGAGUGCGAUAGAACUAAAGGGCAGAGGAAUCCACAUGCGAAAGUGCGGAGCGUUGAGAAUUAUAAACCUCAGCCACUAAAACGAUUAGCGUUUGACUUCGGUGUCGGUGUGAAGCCCAUGUCUAUCAUGAAGCACACUUGUGUCCUUGUUGGUAUCUGUGACGCCAUCAAGAAGUGUUUUGUCAGGCCUCUUCUGUACAAGAGCGACUGCGUGGAGGAGUUGGAAGACAUUAUCAAAGGCAUUCGCGCAGGCUGGUCAUUGUCCUUGGGUGACAAGGUCGCUUGGUUCCUGAGACGGGACAGCGAGCCAGUUCUGGGCAGUGAGCACAUGACCAAGGUCAUGCAAUCGCUGCAGAUCUGUGACGCUCCAACUGUUCCUCACAAUCCAGAGCAAAACGGAACUUGCGAGCGUUUUAUGCGGACGCUGUUCGGCUCCUGCCGUACACUGUUGGUUCACGUCGAUCGCCGUCUGUGGUCAUAUGCCAUAGGCUACAGCGGUGAUUGUUGGGACCGGCUGCCGCAUAAAUAUGCAAAGAUGCCAGAGCAUGACGGAGAGACUCCGAUAGAGAUCCUUGAGAAGAGGACAGGUAGGAACAGUGCGAGGCAAGGCAUUGGCCUGCUCGGGCGUUUUGGUUGUCUUGUUUACUUUCGUGAACAAAUCAAGACGGACAGAGAAAGACAAGGAGGUCCCAAGCUCAGUCCGCCCCUUCGUCGAGGUGUGUUUCUCGGGCUUUGUCCUAAGUCUUCGGGCUGGCUCGUGGGCACCUUCGUUCAAGACGAUCGGACAAGAGACGGGCAUCGGUGGGCCGAGUAUUCUCCUCGCGAUGUCAAGUUUCGGGAGGAUAUACUCGCCAAGAACAUCGACUGGCUCCUACCCAGUUCGAAGGGAGUCUUCGUCCAGAUGGACUACCUGGAAGAUCUCCAAAGCGGCGCAUCGCAACCGGUUCCACCCGCGCUUGGACGGCUAGACUCGCAAUCUAGUUCGGCUCAUCGCCUGGAGGUUCAUGGGGCGGGGCACGCGGAGGAAUCGACCGCCGGCUUAGAACUUCAAGUGGAGACACUGGACAGAGAGGAAGGAGGUCCAGCAUAGUCCCCGGAAGCUCCUAUACUGUCGCAAGCUGAGGAGGGGAACCUCGCAGCGAGCAACAGUGGAGGAGGGGAGCAAGCUCGAGAAGCGUCUUCUAGUCCUGCUAGGGUGCGUCACGCACCGGCGAGGGUUGUGGCUGGCAGCCGCAUCUCCAAGCCGGGCCGCGGGCGCCCAAAAGGGGCCAAGGAUAAGAAGAAACGCUCUCGGCGCACAAAAGCACAGCUCGAGAAGUUGAAGAAGAACGCAGAGGCGUCUGCCGCAGCGAAUUGGAACGCUAUUGGCAUGCUUGAUGAUGGUGAGGAGAUCGUCGAGGCCAUAGCGAUGUUGACGAAAGAAUGCUGACUCCUGGGAAGCUUAUCUUUCCGCUGAGAAGGCUGCCAAAUUGCCUGACCCUGAGCUUGCAGCUAAGUGGCAGAAGGUGACUGACAAGGAGGAAGCUCGUCUGCUAGCAUAUGAGACGUGGAAGCCAGCCUCUGACGAGGAGCUAGCUACCGCGAAGCAAGUGCUUCCAAUCGCUAUCAUACUGACCGCUAAGCGCGACGGGACGUAUAAAGCUCGAGCCUGUGCACUUGGCAAUCUUGAUCGAUCGGGUGACGUUGACACCUUCGCGCCAGUUGUCUCGCAUGCAGCUAAUCGCUUGCUACUGGUAUCUGCAGCCGCAGACGGUGAUCACGUCAUCCCGCAUGAUCUCGAUAGCGCGUUCCUUAGUGCCUUGCUAGAUCGCGACGUCUAUUGCCGUUUGCCACCCAUCUGGGCAGCAAAGCACAGGACGGCAGUCGUGAAGCUACGCAAAGCGCUUUACGGGCUAAAGGACGCACCGCGAGCCUGGUUCAAGAAGUGUGAGAGCAUCUUGGCCGAGUUAGGUUGGGAGCCCUGUCCUUCUGCGCCUGGUUUGUGGAGAAAGCCAAGUUUAUCGCACCCAGGAAGAUUUCUCAAGCUUGCUGUCUAUGUCGGCGACAACUUGACCGCAGGACCUGAUCUUGCUGAACUUCGUGCCGAAUUGCAAAAGACUCUGUCGCGCGUCCCCGGGCGUGAGAUAGCUGUCGAGCUCUUUACCGAUUCCAAUGGUAUCGAGUGGCAAAAGUUCGACUUCCUUGGGGCGAUUGUGUACUACUCUAGGGAGCGCAAGUCAGUGCGUGUGACCAUGGAGGAGUAUAUAGAGAAAAUUGCUAAGAAGUUCGCUGCCACGCUUGGCAAGCCGGCACGCUCUCCGAAUUUUGACGAGUCAGCUCCGACGGAAGAAGAUCUUGAAGAGCUGAAGGAUUAUCCUCUCAGAUCCGUAGUUGGUGCGCUGCAAUGGAUCGCGACCACUGCGCGCCCUGACAUUUGUGUGCCGGCUUCUACUCUAGCUCGCUAUGUGAGCAAACCCGCCACGAAAAGGAUCGCCUACGCCUGCAGGAAAGUGAUAAAGUUCCUCCUGACAACGAAGGAAGUGGGACUGUCGUACAGUCCAGAGGAAGAAGAGACGUUCGUUGAGAUUUGUCAGAAGUUAGUGCCGGAGGGCAGGGACGUGCCACGUCUGAGCCUGUUCUCUGAUGCUGGUUUCGCGAAUUGUUUGAAGACGAUGCGUUCUACCACCGGUUCGAUUAUGUACUGCCGCGGUUUCCCGAUCUGCUGGCGCAGUAAUCGGCAGACUGUGCGUGCGUAUUCGACGGCGGAAAGCGAGUAUAUCGCGGCUUCUGACACUAUUGCGCUCAGUGAGCAGAACGACUUCGCUGAUUUCUUCGCUCCUCUCCCUACCAGAAUGGUGGAAACGCUCGCAGCGCGGCUUAUCUCCGUCCCUGGAUGAUGCCAUCUUGUGGGUGGGCAACCAAUCCGCAGUCGCUACCUACAGCCAAAAGCACAGACACAAAACCGAAGUCACGGCAUUACGCUCUUCGCUAUUUGCGUGCGCGAGAUGCUGCCAGUCGUGUAGUCUUCUGCCCGACGCAUUUGAUGAAGGCGGAUGGACUUACGAAGCUGGAAUGCUCAGCGCCACUGCGCAAGCUGCUUUUGCAUCGCGUAGACAGUCCAGUCAUCUCCUGCGACUCUUCACAUCCUGGCGCCCAGUCGGAUGAUGAGGAUGAUUUUGAUGCUUCUUUUUAUACUAGUUUCUGCGAUGAUAGUGGAGUAGCUUUAGUGUUGUACGCUGUAGACUUUGGAUUUUGACCCGAGAAGGGGAAUUUAUGCAACUUUAUAUCUAUUUAGGAACAAGGUAGAGUAGGACUCUUAGGGGCUACAGACUGCAUCGAUUGAGGAGGGGCGUUGGUCAUGUGAUCUAAACCCUACCUCCACGCAAGACUGAAGCUUCUAUGAGAUCCCGAAAUGCCUGUUCUCCAAAUGCAAACGAUGAAGAGUUUGAGCAAAUCAGGCUCUCUUGAUCAAAACUUUAUCAAGGACCGGCGACCCUGAUAAAAACUUUACCAGGGACCUCCGUCCCUGAUAAAAUCGCACCCAUACAGAUUGGGAAGUAGGUCCCAGAAUGACUAGAGAUCUGGAGCCUCAGAGCCUGUGAUGAGUGGAGUGAUGUCUAUGAUGAACCUUGAUUGAUGAAUCUUCACAGGAUGCAACGCAGUCAGAGGCUUUCGCCCUGUCUGCUGAGAGAUUGAAGUGCUUGAACGUGUUAGAGACCUCUCGAAGGUAGAAGCUUUGGCCACUCAGUGUGGCAGGUGUGUUCAAAGUCCAACAGUUUCGGUUUCGUUUCUCCUUCUAUUAGUUUGCAAUAUCAAUCGUAUACAGGGUCUCGAAGGACAAGCUCUUGUGGAUGCUUUUGCCAAAGGAGCUCAGGACAGAUCGGACUGCGGUAAGUAAUUUUUACUUUUUUCCAUUAAUUAGUCCAGCUUAUUUUGUUCGUGGGUACUAAAAAUUUAAUUUUACGGAACUGGAUAAUAAUUCUGACUGUAGUAGUACUCGCGCUGUACUUCUACAGCGCAGUCAGUGCCAAGCAUCAAUAUCAAAGUAAGCACACGAUGAACAUUCCCAUUAUUCCCAACCAACAACCACCACAGGAUCUUGCGCACAGGGAGGUGAUUUGGGUUUUUUCGGGCCGGGGCAGAUGCAGAAACCGUUCGAGGACGCGUCGUUCUCGCUGCAAGUGGGACAGAUGAGUGGAAUAGUGGACUCUGAUUCGGGGUCUCAUUUGAUCUUGCGCAUUGCCUAAAAAGAACCAACGAGCAGUCCGACACUGAUUCUUCUAUUCCCUGUAUGUUGAGGCCUUGCAUCGAAUGGUGGAGACAAAAAAUCGACUCAGAGACCGCAAUAAAAUCUUCAAAGUGCUGAAUGAAAGAAAUUCUGCGAUCGCAGACGCAGAUGAGCAACAGGACGCUCCUGAAGCACCAGGAGAUAAGCAAUCGAGAGCAAGCUGUGCGCCAAAGACACAGAACAGCAACAGGCUGCGCUUUACAGAUUUUUCAGUGUUACAGGAGCGCGAGCUCGUAAGAAGAAGGAACCUCGUGGCCGUUGCUUUUGUGCUAUCGGUCGUGCUUGUGAACUCGUGUGAUGUAGUUGCCGAAGAACAAAAAUCACCCACCAGAAAAUCAACUGAGACAAGCAAAAACUGAAUGUGAAUGAUACAACUCAAUCAAUUGUCCGCGAUCAUGGUGCCCGCACGAGAAAUCCCAAUUAUGAAAAGAAAUUUGAAAACGAUCCUCGAAAUUGAGUUUGAGACCAAAGACGUGUCGAGAAAAUCAAAAUGAACCUGACGUUGAUAUGAGUACGAGAUAAUUGAGAUGAAGUUGUUGAAGACAAAUUUCAGCCCUUGAAGGAUCAGCUUCUCUGGUGCCUGUCGCUUACCGAGCGGCUCAAUGUAAAUCCGAGAC